AUGAUUGGCGUGUCGAACCUGGACUUGUUGGCCUUUUCCCAACACCAAUCUAAUGUCGACACAUGGGUCAAGAACAGCAUCCUCCCAUAUUACCCUGCGACCAAGAUUACGUACAUUACUGUGGGAUCUGAAGUCACCGAAAGCCCUGGUAAUGUCUCUGCAAUGGUUGUCCCUGCAAUGGUUAAUGUUCAAGCAGCUCUGAAGAAGGUGGGUCUUCACAGUAGAAUCAAAGUAUCAAGUACUCAUUCACUUAGAAUAUUAUAUCGGUCUUUUCCACCAUCAGCUGGAGCGUUCAACAGCAAAUAUGCCUACUUCUUAAAGCCUAUGCUGGAUUUUCUUGUGGAGAACGAAUCGCCAUUCAUGGUGGAUAUAUACCCAUAUUAUGCAUAUCGAGAUUCCCUGUCCAAUGUCUCUCUUGACUAUGCUUUAUUCCGUCCAUCUUCUUCUGAAGUAAUCGACCCCAACACUGGUUUGGUAUACACAAAUAUGUUUGAUGCGCAGCUUGACUCUCUGUAUUUUGCACUGAUGGGACUCAACUACAAGACGCUGAAGAUCAUGGUUACUGAAUCAGGGUGGCCUAGUAAAGGUUCUGUGAAGGAGACUGUUGCUACCCCCGAUAAUGCCCAGACUUAUAACACCAAUUUGAUCCGGCAUGUUAUUAAUAACACGGGGACUCCUGCAAAGCCCGGUGAGGAGACUGAUGUUUACAUAUUUUCGUUGUUCAAUGAAAACAGGAAACCCGGAUUGGAAUCUGAAAGAAACUGGGGCCUCUUUUUCCCUGACCAGACUAGUGUAUACAGUCUUGAUUUAACGGGUAGAGGGAAUGUUGAUAUAAUUACUGGUGCAAAUAUUACUAGUUCAAACGGAACGUGGUGCAUUGCAUCCAGUACUGCUAAGGAAUCGGACCUGCAGAGUGCCUUGGAUUGGGCUUGUGGCUCUGGGAACGUUGACUGUUCUGCUAUUCAGCCGAGCCAGCCGUGCUUUCAACCAGAUACUUUGGUCUCCCAUGCAUCAUAUGCAUUCAACAGCUAUUUCCAGCAGAAUGGAGCGACAGAUGUGGUCUGUAGUUUUGGAGGCUCAGGCCUGAAAACCACCAAGAACCCUAGUAAGUAUGCUUUUCAUUUCCAUCUUUUAUUAGUUACUCGCUAUUCAAAUGGUGCGCUCUUUCCAGAGAAAAAACAGUACCUUCCCUAG